CUCAGUAAGACAGCAGCACACACUGAGAGAGUAUCGCUAAAAAGACGCAUUCACCGCAGUGUAUGAACGCAUGUUGUGUUCUUCAGUGUUCUCAGUAACCAUUGCUGAUUCUUGUGCCGCCUCCAGCCACCAUGGGUUGUUCACUGACGUUGUCACUACCACUGGUCGCUGCUAGCAGCUAAUGCAUGCCCUAAAAAAAGUGGUUAUGGCAGGUUGCGUGCGUGCUGUGCUCCUCCAGCUGUGUGUGGCUGCUCUCCUCUGUCUGCUGGUUAGUGGAUAUAGAAGGCCACUCGGACGACAUCAAGGGCCACACGGACAUCAUGGGCCACAUGGACGUCAUCAAGAGCCAAACGGACGUUACGAGCGUGGAACGAGAACAUGUUCGGAUGCAGAAUUCACAUGUCAGCCGUCAGGUAAAUGCAUCCCUAAGAUUUGGGAGUGUGAUGGUGAUCCUGACUGUCCAGACUCCAGCGACGAGGAGGACUGCACAUUAACUACACCAGCACCGCCGCCAGUACCAUCAACAACACAGACAGGGAGAACAUGUUCAGAUGUAGAAUUCACAUGUCAGCCGUCAGGCAAAUGCAUCCCUAAGAUUUGGGAGUGUGAUGGUGUUUCUGACUGUCCAGACUCCAGCGACGAGAACUGUAUAUUAACUACGCCAGCACCGCCGCCAUUACCAUCAACAUCACAGACAGGGGAAAACUGCUCUGAAGAACAGUUCAGAUGUGAGUCAUCUGGCGAGUGUAUUCCUCGUCUGUGGGUUUGUGAUGAUGUAUCAGAUUGUUCAGACUCAAGUGAUGAAGAAAACUGUGUCAUCAUACCAGCAGAAUCAUCGCCUUCAUCGAAAAGAACAUGUUCGGACGUAGAAUUCACAUGUCAGCCGUCAGGUAAAUGCAUCCUUAAGUAUUGGAAGUGUGAUGGUGAUCCUGAUUGUCCAGACUCCAGCGACGAGGAGAACUGCACGUUAACUACGCCAGCACCGCCGCUAGUACCAUCAACAACACAGACAGGGAAAACCUGUUAUGAAGAACAGUUCAGAUGUGAGUCAUCUGGCGAGUGUAUUCCUCGUCUGUGGGUUUGUGAUGAUGAAUCAGACUGUCAAGACUCAAGUGAUGAGGGAAACUGUGUCAGCAUACAAUCACCAGCACCAUCACCGCCUCCACCGAAGAAAACAUGUUCGGGCGUAGAAUUCACAUGUCAGCCGUCAGGUAAAUGCAUCCCUAAGGAUUGGGAGUGUGAUGGUGAUCCUGACUGUCCAGACUCCAGCGACGAGGAGAACUGCACGUUAACUACGCCAGCACCGCCGCCAGUACCAUCAACAACACAGACAGGGAAAACCUGUUCUGAAGAACAGUUCAGAUGUGAGUCAUCUGGCGAGUGUAUUCCUCGUCUGUGGGUUUGUGAUGAUGAAUCAGACUGUCUAGACUCAAGUGAUGAAGGAAACUGUGUCAGCACACAAUCACCAGCACCAUCACCGCCUCCAUCGAAGAAAACAUGUUCGGACGUAGAAUUCACAUGUCAGCCGUCAGGUAAAUGCAUCCCUAAGGAUUGGAAGUGUGAUGGUGAUCCUGAUUGUCCAGACUCCAGCGACGAGGAGAACUGCACGUUAACUACGCCAGCACCGCCGCCAGUACCAUCAACAACACAGACAGGGAAAACCUGUUCUGAAGAACAGUUCAGAUGUGAGUCAUCUGGUGAGUGUAUUCCUCGUCUGUGGGUUUGUGAUGAUGAAUCAGACUGUCUAGACUCAAGUGAUGAAGGAAACUGUGUCAGCAUACAAUCACCAGCACCAUCACCGCCUCCAUCGAAGAUUAAAUGCUUGGAGAAUUACUUCAAUUGUGUCAAGAAAGACGAAUGUAUCCCAGAUAAUUGGAGGUGUGACGGAGAGAAAGACUGUCUAGACGGUACUGACGAGUUAGAGUGUGACAGUCCAGACGACAUAAAACAACCAUCACUAGCACCUCCCUUUGACCAGUUUGGUCAUCUGGAAAAGUGUGUAGGAGACCAGUUUCUGUGUAAGCCAAAUGGCAGUUGUUACCCGUCAUCCUGGUUGUGUGACGGUCAUACUGACUGUGAAGAUGGUACUGAUGAGCUGAUUUGCCCACAGAAGGAAGAUCCGUGUGAGAGAAAAGAGUGCAGCCACCGCUGUUUGUCGUCACUUCUGCUGCCUUCAGGCUUCAUUUGCUACUGCCCUUCAGGAAUGCGGCUUCAGGACGACCGUCGCACCUGUGUUGCCAAGGAACCCGACCAAGUGAUGGAGUUCCCAGGGAAAACCGGCUAGUGUUCGGACACCUGUAUUUGCUGUGGGACACCCCGGUGUGUGCUGUGGGACACCCAGGUGUGUGCUGUGGGACACCCAGGUGUGUGCUGUGGGACACCCAGGUGUGUGCCGUGGGACACCCAGGUGUGUGCCAUGGGACACCCAGGUGUGUGCCGUGGGACACCCAGGUGUGUGCCGUGGGACACUCAGGUGUGUGCCGUGGGAUACCCAGGUGUGUGCCGUGGGACACCCAGGUGUGUGCCGUGGGACACCCCGGUAUGUGCCGUGGGAAACCUAGGUGUGUGCCGUGGGACACCCCAGUGUGUGCCGUGGGACACCCAAGUGUGUGCCGUCGGACACCCAGGUGUGUGCUGUGGGACACCCAGGUGUGUGCCGUGGGACACCCAGGUGUGUACCGUGGGACACCCAGGUGUGUGCCGUCGGACAUCCCGGUGUGUGCUAUGGGACACCCAGGUGCGUGCCGUGGGACACCCAGGUGUGUGCCGUGGGACACCCAGGUGUGUUCUGUGGGACACCUAAUCAUGGAGGGUUCUAGUAGAUAAUGUUGGUGUAGAAAUACACAAGAGUAUGGCUGGUAACACUUGUAUUUGCAAAGCUGUGAGGGGAGCCCUUGGCUAGCCUGUUUGCCUGUAGGUCUAUCUGGGAACUGAGGGAGAGGCAGAGCGUCUGACGCUCACAUGUGGCAUCACGCGACGUCACAUAUUAGCCGCUAAGUGUAGCAAGGGGUCGUCUAUAUAAAAUAUAUGGAUGGUACUAUGAUACUCAGAUAUGCCACACGACAUAUGUAGGAGAUCAGCAACCAUGCUAUAUAGACGACCCCUUGCUAGACUUAACGGCUAGUAUGUGACGUCACGUGAUGCCACAUGUGAGCGUGAGACGCUCUGCCUCUCCCUCAGUUCCCGGAUAGACCUACAGGCGGCUACAGGCAGGCUGGGCCAAUCCCCUCACAGGGACACCCAGGUGUCUGCUGUGGGACACCCAGCAGUGUGUCGUCAUAACACAAGCUGUUGUUUACUAAUUAUAUGCAGAGCUUUUAAUCCUCACAAAGGUCAUUAAUAAAGUAUGAGUUAAACUGCAAA